CCACUUCGGCAUCCGUUAGCUGAGACCCGUAGCAACUCUACAAAAUUAAUCGGUCAGGAACACAUGGUUGUAUAUUUAUUUUCUAGGAGUAGCGAAAGGGGUAAAAUUGUUUAUCUACAUUGACAUCCUGUUCACUGCACCCCAUUUUCAUUGUUUCGAAAAAACAUAUACGGGUAUCAAGUGCGUUCAGAGCCUGACGGUGUGCAAGUCCUGUUACUUGCCUUCAGGGGGCUCGUACGAUGAGUGACAGCGACGAUGAUGUACCCCAGCUGUCAGCCUCAACACUGGCGGCGCUACAGGAGUUCUACGCGGAGACUAACGGUCUGGCCAAACAUGUUACGCCUGAAGAAAAGUUUUCUGUUGGUGCUGUAGAGGAGGACUGGCGCAUGAGCCAGUUCUGGUACAGUGAUGAAACGGCAAGCCGGCUAGCUGAGGAGGUGCUACAGGCAGCCGGAGAAGGUGGCCGGAUAGCGUGUCUGAGCGCUCCUAGCGUGUAUCAGAAGCUGAAACAGCUGGACGCAAACGCGCCGGCCACGCUGCUGGAGUUUGACCGGCGCUUCUCCAUCUACGGGGACGAGUUCGUCUUCUACGACUACAGCAACCCGCUGUGUCUCCCGGAGAACGUGGCUCCCCAAAGCUUCGACAUCGUCAUCGCGGACCCACCGUACCUGUCCCAGGAGUGCCUCAGCAAAGUGGCCCUGACCGUCAAGUUCCUGACAAAGGGGAAGGUGCUUCUCUGCACGGGUGCAAUCAUGCAGGAAGACACAGAGAAGCUGCUGGGUCUGAAAAUGUGCACCUUUCUCCCCAAACACACCCACAACCUGGCCAAUGAGUUCCGCUGUUAUGUCAACUACCAGUCUGGUCUCGACUCGUGAUGUCUGUCCACUAACAGCGGAAGGAGAGGUGUGUAUCGACUGGACAGUGGAGAUAUGUGGACAGCCAAGGUAACGCACAACACAAGUUUUAAAAUGGAGAGUCGUGUAAUGUGUCAUCACCCCAGGAAUGUGCACCCAACACAAGUGGUGAAAUGGGGAGUUGUGCAGAGUGUCAUUAUCCCAGCACUGCAACCAUGAUAGAGUCGUGUCAGGCUGCCCACUCUGGUCACUGAUGUUGCCCUAUGAGGACAUAGGUGGGUAACAGUGGAGUAACAUUUGGGGUCGCGUUUAUAGGUUUUGAAUGUAUGGCACAUUUCCACCAAUAUUUCUAACAGUAUAUAGACUCCCAGUACAAAACAUCAGGUAGAAAUUAGUUGCUAUUGGGAUGUACAUGGUAAAAAAAAUCACUUUAUUUUACACUUGUUGAAAUUGUGAGCAACAUGUUUGUGCUCACGUUUCAUUCUGGUCCAUUUCAUAAACAAUAAUAGUAAGAGAAAUAAACAAAUACACAAAGUCUUGCGUGCUAAAAUAAUAAAAUGUUACAAAUGUACUGACUGGAGAGUGUGGAGGUAUGUCACUGACAUAAAUCACUAACAGGGUCACAGCAGUGCUAGCCAAGCACAAGUUACCGCAGUACUGUUGCCAUGGCUAGCUUCUAGCUCAAGAUAAAGCCAUAGAGCUACGUUCGUACCAAAGGUUGACCAAAACUUUGUUUCGAUCAGAUGGAUUGCUCAAAAAUGCUGGUCUGCACAGGAGAAUUGACUGGGAGAGCAGAACAUGAACCCAGACUUAAACGCAUCUCACUGUAUUCAAAAUCUAGAUUUGCACGUUUUUGCUACACUGCAUUUGGUAUCUAUUCAUUAUAUGUAGUGAUGUUUUUAGUGUUAAAUCACACUGCUCUCUGCUGCCCUGCUCCUGACCAAAUCCAUUGCUGCAUCUUGAUGAGCCGCAUAUAGAGUUGAAAUAAAGGUGCAUCGAGA